AAUCUUUGGCAGUUAAAUGCAACCGUUUGCAAGUUUUGCCGGUGAUUUCUAAGUGUUCCUUAAAGUUUUCGUGAGUGAAUGUGUGUGUGUUUUUUUUUAGCUGUUAUUAAUUAUCGGUGCUCUUUCUUGGAUUAAGUGCAUUUGUAAUAAAUUCGUUUGCUGUGCUUCUGCUGCGCUUCGCUUGAUGAGCAAUAAAAACUGUGUUUAUAAUUUGCACUCUAAUUAUCAUUUCGUACACGCACACCUAAAUUGUGGAGAAAUUUGAAAAAAACAAUUGUGAAAGUGGCAAAAGAAGUAAUAAAGUAAAAAAAGAAAAACGAUAGGCCACGAAACAGCAGGGCCAAAGGCGUAUAAACAAGGCAGCGCAAAAACUUCGAUUGCUGCAGUAAUAAAUACAACAAAGAUACUAGUCAACAGCUCUGCUUCACGUACACUGUGAAUUGACGCAACGUGCUGUGCUGUUCGCUUCACAGUUCUUGCUCCUUUUAUUGUCUACUUCGCAAGAAAACCUUGUUGUCAUCGACGCCGUCGUCAACGUCGACGUUAACCGAAUUUCGUUGCAGAAAUUUCAACGCUUCGAAUGUGAAGUUUGGUUUUGUUUUUCCCGUGUUGUUAGGUGCGUUGAAUAAACGCUAGUACUCUGAUAAAUUGCGAUAAUUCUUAGCGGAUAAACCACGUUCUAUUUAACUUCUUUGAACAAACAUAUGCAAAUAGAGGAAGUGUAUAAAACAAUUAAAAAAUAUUUCAAAUUCCAAAUUGUUUAUAAGUUGCCGCACAAAUAAGGAAUAAAGAAAAAUAAGCGAAGUUAGCAAUAAACGUAAAAUGUCGGACACAAAAUCGUUUUCGAGUAUUGAAACGCCUGGUUAUGUCGGCUUCGCCAAUCUGCCGAACCAGGUUCAUCGAAAAUCGGUGAAAAAAGGCUUCGAAUUCACAUUGAUGGUAGUUGGUGAGUCGGGACUGGGGAAAUCGACAUUGGUCAAUAGUCUGUUUUUGACGGAUCUAUAUCCGGAGCGGGUGAUAACAGAUGCCAUAGAAAAACAAAAACAAACUGUCAAAUUAGAGGCCUCCACAGUUGAGAUUGAGGAGCGCGGGGUUAAAUUGCGUCUAACAGUUGUGGAUACGCCGGGAUUCGGUGAUGCCAUCGAUAACUCGGAUAGUUUCAGCGCCAUACUAGCAUAUAUUGACGAACAGUAUGAACGUUUCUUACGCGAUGAGAGCGGCCUGAAUCGACGCAACAUUGUCGACAAUCGUAUACACUGUUGUUUCUAUUUUAUAUCGCCUUUCGGGCAUGGCCUCAAGCCACUCGAUGUCGAAUUCAUGAAAAAAUUGCACUCGAAAGUAAAUAUUGUGCCUGUGAUCGCGAAAGCUGACUGCCUCACGAAGAAGGAGAUCCUGCGCUUAAAAUGUCGGAUCAUGCAAGAAAUAGAGGAUCAUGGCAUUAAAAUAUAUCCACUGCCCGAUUGUGAUUCCGACGAGGAUGAGGAUUACAAAGAGCAAGUAAAGCAGCUUAAGGAGGCGGUUCCAUUUGCAGUGUGCGGCGCGAAUACACUACUCGAAGUGAAGGGCAAGAAAGUGCGUGGUCGAUUGUAUCCAUGGGGCGUUGUAGAGGUUGAAAAUCCCGAUCACUGUGACUUUAUCAAGUUGCGCACUAUGCUAAUCACUCACAUGCAGGAUCUGCAGGAAGUCACACAAGAAGUACAUUAUGAAAAUUAUCGCUCCGAACGUUUGGCCAAGGGACGUAAGGAAAAUGGCAUGAAAGUAGAACGUGAUUCCAUGGUGCCAACGCAAAUUGUGGUGAACAGCGUUAUAUCGGAGAAGGAUCGAAUAUUGCAGGAGAAAGAGGCCGAAUUGCGACGCAUGCAGGAGAUGCUGGCACAAAUGCAGGCCAAAAUACAAGCGCGACAAUAGGCCUGAGAAGAACAGAGAAGAGCUGUGCAGGUAUAAGCAUAAAAAACUACAUACAACAACAAUAACUACAACCGCAGUAACAAUAAUAAUAGUAAUUAAGAACAGACGAAACGAUUGCUAACUAAUGGCGGACCAAAUCCCGGCAAAAAAGUGCAUUACUAUUAGUCACAACAACAAAUAUCAAAACACAAGAAGUGGCUUUUCUUUUCAAAAGCCUUGAAAAAACUAUAUGGGCUGCAGUUUCAUUAACUAAUGUUUUCAAAAUUGUUCCCUUUUUUAUUUCGAAAUAUUUUUUUAUUACUAUCUUGAAUUUUGAAACAUCUUGCACAUAGACGUACUUUUUUCUGUAAUUUCUGUCUUGCUAAAACUAUUUCGUAUUAUUUUAUGAUUAAUAAUAAUAAUGCUUACUUUUAAAAAUAUCAUAUACAUACAUACAUAUACAACCUAUACAUAAUACUUUUUGUAAUUUAUGUUGUUUUCAUGCUGAAAAACAGUAUAUUUUUGUAAUGUUUAAUAUUACGUAUGACAAGUAUAAAUUAAAAUUCUGAACGUGAGGAGAGUAAGCCAACAAACGUAGCCUAUUGAAAGGUGGCAUAGGUACUUUUUACAAAAAUACAGGGCGACUAAAAAGUAAAAAAAUAAAUACAACUACGAACACGGUAAAUGUAAAUGUCUUUCAAAUCCUUAUAGAGACUUUGGGCUGCAGUUAUUUGUAUUGUUAAAUAGAAUUCACGUGAUUAUACACCACACACACACACCUUGAAGUAUGUUCUAAA